GCCUGCGGGGUACAUCGGGCAGCCCUGGGCCGCAGCGGGAGCGCUCUGAGUCGACUCGGCGCGCUGGGCUGAGGAAGGGGCUCUGUGGCCCUGGCUGCGCGCAUGCGUGCUGAGAGGCGACCCUGCGGGCUGCGGCUCAUACCGGCUACUGUGCUCUUAGAAAGUGUGGGGGAACCUGGAAAGUUGCAUGAGUCAUUGUUGCUUUUGAACUAGAAAAGUCUUGGCUUUAGGUGGGGAAUUUUGUGGUCAGUUUCAGUUACUGCUUCGGAAAUUUGAUGUGCUGGGGUUGACUGCUUGUAAUUCCGUGUAUGAAGGUAGACAGAUCCUAGGGCAGUAAGCUCUGAAGUUGUAAUCUUAAAAUAUGCUAUGGAGAUUUCAUUGUUAUCUUAUUUUGUGUAAGUCUCUUCAGGCAUUAACCUUAUUUGCCAGGUAUAAAAAAAUUACGGAGAAUCAGAUCCUGAAUUUCAAAAAUACUUUCUUGAUAAAGAAUUAAAAGUGGGCUGGGGCUAGGGUAAGAUAUAUAGCCUUUGAGGUAAUGAAUUGUGAAGUAAAAAACCUUAAAAUUUUUUUUUAACAAGAAGAAAGAACAUGUGAAGAAAUGUCUCAAGGAACAGUGAGCAGAAUGAGUACCUCACAGGACCAGAGUGGCUGCUCCAGUAAUAGAGAACCCCUUUUGAGGUGUUGUGAUGCACGGAGGGACUUGGAGCUUGCUAUUGGUGGAGUUCUCCGGGCUGAACAGCAAAUUAAAGAUAACUUGCGAGAGGUCAAAGCCCAGAUUCACAGCUGCAUAAGCCGCCACCUGGAAUGCCUUCGAAGCCGUGAGGUGUGGCUGUAUGAACAGGUGGAUCUCAUCUAUCAGCUUAAAGAAGAGACACUUCAGCAGCAGGCCCAACAGCUCUACUGGUUACUGGGCCAGUUCAAUUGUCUUAUUCAUCAACUGGAGUGCACCCAAAACAAAGAUCUAGCCAAUCAAGUCUCUGUGUGCCUAGAGAGACUGGGCAAUCUGACCCUCAAACCUGAAGAUUCGACUGUCCUACUUUUUGAAGCGGACACAACUGCUCUGCGCCAGGCCAUCACCACAUUUGGAUCCCUCAAGACCAUUCAAAUUCCUGAGCACCUGAUGGCUCAUGCUAGUUCAUCAUCAAAUAUUGGGUCCUUCCUGGAGAAAAGAGGCUAUAUCCCAUUGCCAGAACAGCAGAAGUCAGCAUCCAGCACCAUGGCUGUCCCUCUCAGCGAAUGGCUCCUUGGAAACAAACCCGCCACUGGUCGGCAGGCUCCUUACAUACCCAGCACCAACCUCCAGGACUGGCUUACCCAGAAGCAGACCUUGGAGAAUAGUCAGACUUCUGCCAGAGCCUGCAAUUUCUUCAGUAAUGUCUGGGGCAACCUGAAGGGCUUAGAAAACUGGCUCCACAAGAGUCAGCAACAAGAGGUCCCUGAAAAACCAACUUACCAAAAGUGUAAUAGCCGUUCUACUACCAGUUCUUACUCCACUGAAAUUGAAAAGGUUGGAGAUCUGGAGCUUCUUGAUCAAGAUGAGAUGGAUCUUUCUGACUGGCUGGUGACUCCUCAGGAAUCCCAGAAGCUGGAGAAGCCUGGCAAAGGCAGCUGUGAAGCCAGUGAGAAGUUUAAGCUCCUGUUUCAGGUGUUCCAGGAGCCCUAUAGUGUGAGUGAUUGGCUUCUCAAGCCCGAUUCCUGCACCAAUUGUCGGGGCAACCAGCCCAAAGGUGUGGAGAUUGAAAACCUGGGCAAUCUGAAGUGCCUGAAUGACCACUUAGAGGCUAAGAAACCCUUGUCCACUCCCAGCGUGAUUACUGAGGAUUGGCUUGUCCAGAACCAUCAGGAGCCAUAUAAAGUAGAGGAGGUGUGCAGAGCCAAUGAGCCCUGUACGAGCUUUGCGGAGUGUGUGUGUGAUGAAAACUGUGAGAAGGAAGCUCUGUGUAAGUGGCUUCUGAAGAAAGAAGGGAAAGAUAAAAAUGGUGUGCCUGUGGAACCAAAUCCUGAGCCUGACAAGUGUAUAGAUUCCCUGAGUGUGUGGCUCUGUCCUUCCAGAAAAGAGGCAACAGAACAAGCUAAGACAUCAAAGGCAGUGGCUCCUUCUAGUAUUGCUAAUUCCUUCCAAAUCAUAAGGAGCAGUCCCCUGUCAGAGUGGCUCAUCACACCCUCCUGCAAAGAAGGAUGUCCCAAGGAAGUGCCUAUUACUGAGGACAGAGCUGGCAAACAAAAGCUUGUGAACCCCGUGGCCACAGCUGACUGGGUUUUGCCAGGAAACAAGAUGGGAAACCUCAGCCAGUUAUCCUCAGGGGAAGACAAGUGGCUACUUCGAAAGAAGGCCAAGGAAGUAUUACUUAAUUCACCCCUGCAGGAGGAACAUAACUUUCCCCAAGACCGUUAUGGCCUCCCAGCAGUUUGUGAUCUCUUUGCCUGUAUGCAGCUUAAAGUUGACAAAGAAAAGUGGUUGUAUCGAACUCCUCUACAGAUGUGAAAGGAUGGAACACUGGAGUCAAACAACUUUUCUGCAGAUUAUCACACCUCCAUGAGCCGAGUGACUGUGCGGCUUGCCAAAUCCUUGUGUUUCUGGGUCUGUCCAGUCAGCUUCAUUCCUUUCCUGCCUAACUUUGAACUAGUGAAGAGAAAUAAGUCAUCAAAUUAUGAGCUACUGUGUAAAAGAAAAAGGCUUUUUGUCGAUGCUGAGGUGAUUCAGUUCCUUCUUACAGAAGUAUUAACUUAAAUUCACCCCUCCACUAGAAACACAGCAUCUUGGUGGAUAGGUCUUUUUCAUAAGCCUCUACAGCUCCUUAGAUUGGGUUGUUACUAGAAGUACAUUACAACACUGUAGUUUUAAAAAUGAAAUAGUUCUAUAAUCAAGGUGUGUCGAUGUAUUCAAAAGCUACUAGUAAACUUCCCUAACCUUUUGAUUGCCCUCCUUUAGAUGCUUCCCUUGCUGUGGGUUUUCUUCCGUUGGUGGUGGAAGUAAUGAUUUUUCUGUUUAAUUAAUAUAGUAUAUUUCACACAAAUAGUUAACUUUGCCAAUAUAAUGAUUGUUUUCUUACCAAAAUGUGUAUUAACAAUCUGGGCGUUUUUUGACAUUAUAAAAUUAGCCUACAUGUCAGAUUCUACAUUACUUUUCUCCUUUUGAGAGACUCAGCUACUGCAAAUUUUCUUUUUCCCUUUUCUAAGUUACUAACUUAUCUCCCGAGCUUUUAGAAGAGCUCCACAUUGCUUCAAGACUGUAUUCAGGGUAGUCCUAGCCACUUUCAAAAUACUCUCAACUCCAGGCAAAAGAACCCUAGUGCUGACUAGUCAAAAGAGCAAAAGGCAAGACCUGUUAGAAAUGCAGUAUUUGAGCUAUUUGCUAUCCUAAGGGUUAUUGGUGCAUCCUGUGUAAAUGGAAGCUGAGCUUGACACCUGGUGCUUUUAACUAGGGAUAGAAUAAGUGUCCUCUCACUGCAAGCAUAGCAUCUCUAUACCUCCAAGAGUAGAAUGCAGUGCCCUUUUAGUGAACAGGCUGUUUUGAACACUUGUGCCUUGGGGUGUUUAUGAAGCUUUAUGAAAACUUAAUGUUUUCUCGGUAUCCUUAAAAGUCACAUAUAUGCUUUAUGAAGUUUCUCUGUAGGAAGUGGGAUUUAUAAUGUUUUUAAAUUCUUUAAAGUGAGUUAACUUAGCUGCUUUCCAGGCUUUUAAACUGUUAGGCCACUCAGCUUGCCUGUGUUAUCGUUAACUUUUAAAGUUUGUGAUGUGGUCAUCUAGAAAGUCCUUUUAGGGAAACUUCACAGUCCCAUAGUCCUGGCCAUACAGCUUUGUUAGGCUUGAACCACAGCUGAAAAGAACCUAUUUUUUGGUCCCCCACCCCACCCCCCCAAUACCACUUAGAACUUUAAUAAAAGUGGCAGGUAAAAACUUAAGGAGCCUUUUCCAUUAUCUUAGGUUGCAGGAAACUUUGUAGUUUUUGAGGUUUAACAAUGUAUUCCUGAUUUUACAUUCAUCACUAUGUUAAUGAGUAUGUAAAACAUUCUUUUGCAUUGAUGCAUUUUGUACCUCCCUCCAUUAAAAGCAUAACAGCCA